UGAACUUUGAACUGCAUAUAUGAUAUAACGGUUACUUGUUAACGAUAUUACCCAACAAUUUCAACAUGUAAAAUGUCAUCAAUUGCUAACUAUUGUUGUCUUCUCAAAAACAACCCAAUUACCCAACUCCGUAAUCACCGAAAUUCACCAUACCAUUUCAUUUUCAACUCGGUUCCAACUCAGUCUCUCACACUUUCACUCUCCUACACUCUCUCAACUCGUUCCAACUCACUCCAGAACCGAGUGUUCUCCCUAAACCCAACAUCUUUCUCUCAAAACAAUCCAUUCAAAGGAAAUUACAGACCCGUUCAAGAACUACUCCUUCUCUUCACAUUCUCAUUGACCCUUCUUUUCCUCCGGCUCUUCUCCAGCGCUCUUCUGUCAAAUUUCCCUCUUCGUUGGCGAAAUCUAGUGGCUUUCGCUCAAAAAAAUGAGCCCAAAACAAGAGCUUAUCCUCCACAUUUAUGGCAAGCAAUUGUUUCUUAUGAAGACAAACGGUUCUUUUCCCAUUUUGGGGUCGACCCAGUUGGGAUUGCUCGUGCAAUUUGGUCGUUAUCGGCUCGCGGUGGCGGGAGCACAAUAACUCAGCAGUGGGGCCUUCUUGUAUACUCGUAAUGGAACAUUUAGAGCUGCUAUCUUCAAUCCUGGAGCUCAGCAAAUGAACUUUUACUUGUGCAUCAUCCAUGUUGCAUCCAACACCAUCAUCUGGUCUGCUAAUCGUGAUACUUCAAUUUCAAGUUCUGGAAAAAUGUAUCUUACACUCGAAGGAAUUACAAUUUCUGAUCAAAAUAGAAAUCUCAAAUGGUCAACUCCACCACUGAGCUCAUCAGUGCAUGCAUUACAGCUGACUGAGAUGGGUAAUCUUGUUUUACUUGAUCAGUUUAAUGGCUCUCUUUGGGAGAGCUUCCACCACCCAACAGACACAAUUGUGAUUGGACAACGCUUAGCUUCUGGGAUGUUACUAUCUAGUGCUGUAUCAGAUAACAACUUUUCAACAGGUGAUUAUAGCCUUACACUUAGAGCUUCAGAUGCAAUACUACAGUGGCAUGGACAGACAUAUUGGAAAUUGUCAAUGAAUACAAAGGCUUAUUGGAACUCAAAUUAUGUGGUGGAAUAUCUGGCUAUUAACCGAACGGGUCUCUUUUUGUUUGGUAAUAAUGGAUCAGCAGUGGUCAUUCAGGUGGCCUUAUCACCUUCCAACUUCCAAAUUGCUAGGCUUGAUUCCUCUGGCCAGUUUACUGUACUUGGUUUAUCUGCUGAUGGCUUGGAACAGCAGUUUGUGGGGCCCGAUGAUGGUUGUGAAAUCCCAUUCAUCUGUGGCAGAGUAGGAUUGUGUACUGAUGGAACUACAUCCAGCUCCCCUACUUGUUCAUGUCCAACACAAUUCCAUGUAGCUUUACAGAAUGCAACUGGCUGUGUGCCAAGUGACGCUUCUCAUUCUCUUCCAGUUGCUUGUCAAUCAACCAGAAAUGGUAGUCAGUUGAAUUCAUCUGUUGUUUCAUAUUCAGGGGUCGGCUAUGGGAUGGAUUACUUCUCUAAUCAUUUCUCUGAGCCUAUUAAGUACGGAGUAAAUUUGUCAGUUUGUCAAGAUUUCUGCUCACGGGAAUGCUCUUGCUUAGGAAUUUUCUAUGAAAAUUCAUCAGGUUCUUGCUAUGUACUUGAGAACGUGUUGGGCUCCAUUAUGUUGGGCAGUGGAGGUGAUGUUAAUCUGCUGGGCUACAUCAAAGUUCUUAUUGGGCCUACUCUAACAAACUUUAAUCCUAACAAUGAUUUGAGGGACCAAAAUCAAGACUUUCCAGUGGCUGCUCUUGUGCUCUUACCUUUCACUGGGUUCUUUCUGUUAAUAGCUCUAAGUUUCCUCUGGUGGAGAAGAUGGAGACUCAAAAAUGCUAUGGAUGAGAAGUUAGGCCACCGGAACUCACUUUCCUCUGGAGACCUAGACACCUUCUACAUCCCAGGCUUACCUCAAAGGUUUGACUAUGAAGAGCUUGAGGUGGCUACUGAUAAUUUUAAGUUCUUGAUUGGAUCAGGCGGGUUUGGUGCUGUAUACAAGGGUACACUGCUUGAUAAAACUGUUGUGGCAGUGAAAAAGAUCACAAAUUUAGGUGUUCAAGGGAAAAAGGAAUUCUGUACUGAGAUUGCAGUUAUUGGGAAUAUUCACCAUGUCAAUUUGGUCAAAUUGAGAGGGUUUUGUGCCCAAGGAAGAAAAUGCCUAUUAGUUUAUGAGUAUAUGAAUCGUGGCUCACUGGAUCGUAACCUCUUUGGAAAUGGUCCCGUUUUAGAAUGGCAAGAGAGGUUCGAUAUAGCACUUGGAACUGCACGUGGACUUGCUUACUUGCACAGUGGUUGUGAACAUAAGAUCAUCCAUUUUGAUAUCAAACCAGAAAACAUUCUCUUGCACGAUCAUUUUCAGGCAAAGAUCUCAGAUUUUGGGCUUUCAAAGCUUUUAACUCCUGAACAGUCUAGUCUGUUUACAACAAUGAGGGGUACUCGUGGAUAUCUUGCACCUGAGUGGCUUACUAACUCUGCAAUUUCAGAAAAAACUGAUGUUUAUAGUUUCGGAAUGGUACUGCUUGAACUUGUGAGUGGAAGGAAAAAUUGCUCGGUACGAUCUCAAAGCCAUAGCUUGGAUGACAGGAAUAGUAGUGGAGUUCACUCGUCAUCGUCAUCAGCGUCAGGACUUGUUUAUUUUCCACUACUUGCACUGGAAAUGCAUGAGCAAGGGAGGUACUUGGAGCUUGUGGACCCCAGGUUAGAAAAGCGAGUGACAAGUAAAGAGGUGGAAAUAUUGGUGCAAGUCGCUUUGUGCUGUGUUCACGAGGAACCAGUAUUACGGCCAAACAUGUCCACUGUUGUUGGCAUGUUAGAAGGAGAGAUCCCUUUAGGUCAUCCAAGACUCAAGUCUUUGAAUUUCUUGCGCUUUUAUGGGCGUAGAUUUACUGAGGCGUCUAUGAUAGAAGAAGAAAAUGGGCAAAGUGAUGUUAUGUUUUUUGCGCAAGCAGAUGCUUCCCCCACUAGCACUAGAAUUGGCUCAAAUACUUGUUUUUCUUAUGUCUCUUCACAGCAGGUUUCUGGCCCAAGAUAAGGUUUAGUGGAUGAUAUUUUGGGAGCUCUGUAUAGUUUAUUGGGGAUGAAUUAAUGGUCAUAAGGUGCACGUGGUUCAAAGUUUAAAUUGUUCAUUUUAUUCAAUUUGUACUUCACAAAGUUCAGGGUUCAAUGGAUGUUUAUGAUAUGUAUGGCUUAUACAAAGUGUUAUUUGGGUUGAAUAAUUAGAGUUAGCACCAGACUAUAAGUUGUCCAUUUAUUUUCUAUAAUAAAUAUUUUUCCA